AUGGACACCGUCCGCCGACGACCACCCAGGUCAUGUCGCCGUGACCUGCCUCCUCUGCAUCGCACUGGCGUGCCGUUGCCCUGCUUCUACGUGCGAGCAUGCGAGGACGACGACCAACGCCAAGUCCUGCUUCUCCCGCUGACCGCUGUGCUAGGUCUAGCCGUGCCAAGCCCAGCUGGCCUGCCUUGGCCUCUCCAUCGACCCGGGCUUGGCCUGUGGUGUGAGAUUGCUGAGUCCUCUGACUCACGGAUACUACCAAAACAGAUGCAGCUGCCGAUGAUACCAGUGCAGCUGACGCAAUCGAGCUCAAGUGGGAGCUCAAUGAAGAUCUUGGUCAUUGUUAUGUGUCUUUUCCGGUUGAUCAGUAGUGGUGCCUAG